AUGAGUCAAGUUACAUUACAAGAUUUAUAUACCCUCAUUACGAAUGGCAAUAAUGAUUUGAAAAGCGAAAUAAAGGAUUUACGUAAUAAAAUUUCCUCAGAAGUUGACACUCUGAAAAACCAAAUAAAAUUUUUAGAAGUAGAAAAUGUACAAGUGAAAAGCAAAGUUUUAGGACUUGAAAGAAAAAUCAAGAAAUAUAAUUUUAUUGUUUAUGGCAUCGAGGAAAGUGAAAGAGACAAUUAUUGUGAAAAAAUUAUCGAUGUGAUGAUUUCUAUUCUUGGGAUUGAUUGCAGUAAGUCAGAUUUUCGAGACCUGUAUAGAAUUGGUAAACCACAAGAAAAAAAGCAACGUCCAAUAGUUUGUGAAGUAGUCAAUUAUAGUUUGAAACAAACUGUUCUCGUGAAUGCUAAGAAACAUUUUUCUGAAUUGAAGAAACUAAAAAUUUUCUUCGGACAAGACUAUCCUGAGCAAGAAUAUAAGGAAAGGAAAUUUAUGAAUGAAAAGAGAAAGGAAGCAUUAGCAAAUAAUUUAACAGCAGUUUUCAAAAAUAAUAAUCUAAUUGUGAAUGGAAAAUCCUUCACAUAUGAAGAACUGAAACAAGAAGAAAAUGUGGACAUGAAUAAUCCAGUUGACAUCUCAUUGAUGCACUCAAGUAACACCCAGCAGGAUACGACCAGUUGGAACAAACGGAAGCAGGAAGAAGAGGCAGAAAAGGAGGAUCCAGGAAAAUUUCCAAAGAAAAGCACUCGCUCACAGCUGAAGAAGUGA